CGCUAGUUAGUGUGCGAAUCGAGUGCAUCGAUCAGAAAUGAACCUGUGUGUUUUAUAAAAUCCUGAAUAAAAUUGGAUAUUAUGGGAAUUCUAGGACUCUCGAAAUUAAUAGCCGACAUAUGUCCUCACGCUAUUAAAGAAAGUGACAUCAAAAAUUAUUUCGGUAGGAAGGUAGCUAUUGAUGCCUCCAUGUGUUUGUAUCAAUUUCUGAUAGCAGUACGCGCAGAGGGUGCUCAACUCACAAACGUGGACGGCGAAACAACCUCGCAUUUAAUGGGCAUGUUUUAUCGCACAAUACGUUUGCUUGAAAAUGGCAUUAAGCCGGUCUACGUAUUCGAUGGUAAACCACCAAUUUCAAAAUCCGGCGAAUUGGCUAAACGCGCUGAGCGCCGCGAAGAUGCUCAAAAGGCAUUAGAAAAGGCAACAGAGGCGGGCAAUGAAGCCGACAUGGAUAAAUUUAAUCGACGUUUGGUAAAAGUAACCAAGGAACAUGCCAGCGAAGCCAAAGAGCUGUUAAAACUUAUGGGAGUUCCUUAUGUGGAGGCGCCUUGUGAAGCAGAGGCACAAUGCGCUGCCUUGGUGAAAGCUGGUAAAGUUUAUGCUACCGCAACAGAGGAUAUGGAUGCUCUAACAUUUGGUUCUGGGAUUUUAUUAAGACAUUUAACGUUUAGUGAGGCUCGUAAAAUGCCAGUUAAGGAGUUCAGUUACGCAAAAGUAUUAGAUGGUUUCGGAUUAACCAGCCGGGAAUUCAUUGACUUAUGUAUUCUUUUGGGGUGUGAUUACUGUGAUGGCAUUCGUGGCAUCGGGCCCAAAAGAGCCACAGAAUUGAUGAAUUCCUAUAAAGAUAUUGAAACUAUUUUGGAAAAAAUUGAUCGCAAAAAGUAUGCUGUGCCAGAAGAUUGGAAUUAUCAAAUUGCUAGAGAAUUAUUUGUAAAUCCCGAAGUAACCGACCCUUCGUCGCUAGAACUCAGGUGGUCCGAACCUGAUGAAGAUGGUUUAGUGCAGUUUCUUUGCGGUGAUCGUCAGUUUAACGAAGAUCGCGUGCGUUCCGGGGCAAAGAAAAUUCUCAAAUGCAAGUCAAGUCAAACUCAAGGGCGUUUAGAUAGUUUUUUCAAAGUAAUACCCGCAGCAAGUGGGGCAACACCAAAACGUAAAGCGGAUGACAAGAAAAACGUCCAGCAGAAAAAAUCCAAAACAGCAGGCAAUACCAAAGGAAAGCGUCCUAAAUAAAGUAAGAUUGAAAGCCUUCCUCGAUUUUUUUACAUUUAUAUAAGCGUUUUCCUUUUUUUUGCAAAAAAUA